GUAGAUCUUGACCUCGAAGAGGAAUUGUUGCACUUCUUCUUCUUGCGCCUCCUGCCACUUGCGCAUGCACCGGUUGCAUACACUGGUUACAUGCGGUCAUUGUUGUCCUGGCGUCGUUGCCAAUCCACCAACAUAGCUUCGCGGCGAUCCUGUGCCGUGAGGCUAUAAAGACAACCAUGGCUGUCGUACCGCCUAACGGAAGACACCACCAUAGUCCUCGCCGCCAGUCGCUCAAGCAGCUUGCAAAAUGCCUUCUUUCACCCGUAACAUCGGCACGGUGCUGCUAGCUACAGUUAAUCUGUUGGCUUCAAGUCAAGCCCAAGUUACCAGCAGCGAUGCCGAGGCCGCCUAUACGGCUUUGCAGCAGUGGUACAAUGGAUCCACUGGUCUUUGGAUCCCAAGCACUGGCUGGUGGAACUCGGCAAACUGCUUGACCGUGAUAGCGGACCUGGCACAGAUCGAUGGCACUGCCAAGAGCGAAGCGGAGUCUGUAUUCUCAACGACCCACAGUAACGCACCCAGCUAUGAGGCCUCCAUGACCAAGGUCAUGGGAGCCAACGCGAUGCCGCAAACAUAUUACGCGGGUGCUAUGCCAGCAGGCAUGGAGUCUACCGAAACGACUGCCAACCAGGGCUGGUUAAAUGGCUACUACGAUGACGAGGGUUGGUGGGCGUUGGCAUGGAUCGCCGCCUACGAUGUGACUGGCAACUCAGACUACCUUUCGACUGCGGAGUACAUCUUCAACGACAUGGCCCAGUCGCUCAACACCACACCUUGUGGUGGCGGUAUCUGGUGGGACAAGGCUCAUACCUACGUGAACGCUAUUGCCAACGAGCUAUUUCUUGACGUUGCUGCGCAUUUGGCCAACCGAGCGUCUAAUGGCAGUGCUUACCAAGAGUACGCACUCAACCAAUGGACCUGGUUCAAGAACAGCGGCUUGAUCAACUCUCAGAAUACCAUCAAUGAUGGGCUGGAUAACAGCACAUGCCAGAACAACGGCCAGACCGUCUGGUCAUACAACCAAGGCGUCAUUCUUGGAGCAUUGACAGAACUCAGCAAGUCAACAGGCGACAGCUCCUACAUCACUGAGGCUCAGACUAUCGCCAAUGCCGCCAUUUCUGCUCUUACGACAGAUGGCAUUCUGCACGAUCCAUGCGAGCCAGAUUGUGGCGUUGAUGGUUCCCAGUUCAAGGGUGUUUUUGCUCGCAACUUGCAAAUACUGUACAAGGCCAGUCCGCAGUCGUCAUACGCCACCUUCCUCUCGGACAACGCCAACAGCAUCUGGUCGAAUGACCAAGAGAAUAACCAGUUGAGCGUGGUCUGGUCGGGCCCUUUCGAAAGCCCUGCGAAUGCUUCGACGCAAAGCUCGGCGAUGGAUGCGAUUGUCGCCGCUCUUGCAACGUCCUAAUGAGCUAUGAUUAUGAUUUAUGACAUGUAAUGAGCAUAGUGUACGAAGUAGCUAAAGUAUCGACCUUGCGGUCAUCUCAAUCGGUGA